AUGGGUUCCAUAGGUCAAGAGAAUGGUGUGGGCAUGUCUGACACCUCCCGAAGCAAACGUCCUAUUCCCAUUGACGAGCCCGUGGGCCUCAACAAUGAAACGCAUGUCAUGGGAUGGGGCAGCGACGUGAUCGCAGAGCAGAUUGCACGUUUGAAAAUUCCAUACAUUGCACUGUCGCCUGGAUCCAGCUAUCGAGGCCUCCAUGACAGCCUCGUUAACUACAACGGCAACACGCCACAAAUGGUGGUAUGUCUGCACGAAGAGCAUACGGUGGCUCUCGCCCACGGCUAUGCCAAAGUGACCGAGAAGCCCAUUCUGGUGGCUGUGCACGCCAACGUUGGCCUCCAGCACGCAGCCAUGGCCAUCUACAAUGCAUUCUGCGACCGCGUGCCCAUGGUCAUUCUGGGCGCCACGGGCCCGCUGGACUCGGAGAGAAAGAGACCAUGGAUAGACUGGAUUCACACCUGUACCGACCAGGCUGCCAUUGUUAGGCCGAGUCUGAAGUUUGACGAGCAGCCCUAUUCGGUGAACGCCGCCACAAAAGCCCUGGUCCGUUGCUACCAGUCUACGGCCUCGAAGCCUUGCGCGCCCACCUAUCUCUGUCUAGACGUCUGUCUGCAGGAAGACAAAUUCGAUGCGUCCAAGGUCGAAUUCGUCGACCUCAGCCGCAUGAAACCUCUAGCGCCUCAAGCACCAGAUCCGGCGACUGUCGGGACCGUGGUGACUCUAUUGGCCGAGUCAAAGCGGCCGCUUCUCAUGUUCGGACGGGCCAACCGCUCGCAAAAGUCAUGGGACGAACGCGUCCAAUUGGCAGAAGAGCUCGAAGCCUAUGUCGUGACUGAUUUGAAGCAAGGGGCGGCUUUCCCUUCGCGCCAUCGCUUGCAUCCUGCGGCUCCUGCCAUCUUCACCACGCCGCAAAAUGUCGAGCUCAUCCGUGCCGCAGACCUUAUCGUUUCUUUCGACUGGGUUGACCUGGCUGGGACACUCAAGGCUGCAGAGACGCCACUCGAUUCGACAAAGGUGGUGCACGUUUCCAUGGAUUCGACGCUGCACAACGGUUGGAGUAAAGACCACUUUGGCGUCCCUCCCACCGAUGUCGCCGUGUUUGCCGACCCAGACCAGACAUUGACAGCUCUCCUGGCUGGCAUCAAGUCAGCAAAGGUGCAGUCCAAGGACUGGAGUGCAGUCGAAGCCACCAACCGAUUACCACCACCGUCAAUGCCCGAUGUCCCCGCCGACAGGAUUCUCAUGGGCCAUCUCGCAUCGAACCUUCUCGAAGCUCUCGGCAACGCCAACCAAGAAUACUGUCUCGUGCGUCUGCCCUACGGCUGGCGCGGCUAUGAUCUGAACGCAACAGGACCCCUGUCCUUUUUGGGCCUCGAUGGGGGUGCUGGAAUCGGGUCCGGACCAGGCCAAACUGUCGGUGCUGCGCUGGCCUUGAAGGACACAAAGACUCUCGCAGUGUCCGUCCUUGGCGACGGAGACUAUCUCAUGGGAUGCAACGCGCUAUGGACGGCCGCGCACUGUCGUCUGCCCUGUCUGAUUGUCGUUGCGAAUAAUCGCAGCUUCUACAAUGAUGAGGUUCAUCAGGAACGUGUCGCAAGAGCGCGCAACAGACCACGGGAAAACAAAGGAAUCGGACAGCAGAUCACGAAUCCUACGCCAGAUCUUAACGCCGUGGCGGUGGCCCUGGGGCUGUCUGUGCCAGGACCAUGUUGUACGGAUCGCAAAGACCUGCCCGACAUGAUGGCCAAGGCUGUCAAGUUGGCACAGGAAGGAAAGCCGGUGGUGAUAGAUGUGGGAAUCUUGCCCGACGGGUAUUCUAGUGCGUUGGAAAAGGCGCGGUGA